CAAGAGUCUCUUUCUGGGUCCAUUGUUUGAUUUUGUGUUCUUUUCUGUUCUGUCGAUACCCAUAUCAUCUUCAAAUCUUUGCACUUUGAAACCCCCCUUCUUGAUCUCUAUCUCGUUCUUUUCUCUUUCUGAACUUUACCAUUUUCUUCUUCUUUUUGCCUUUUCUGGUUCUAAGUUUUCGUGGGUUUUGAUUGUACAAGCACUAGCUCCAAUCUGGGUACCUAAAAAUCCGUUCUUGAUUUGGGGUUCUUGAAUUCCAGUUCUCCUUUUCAAGAAAGCAAAAAAGGGCACCCUUUAAGAUUCUCGGUAUAAAUCAUCUGUGGGUAGCAACUAGCAAGCAAUAAAUCAUAAUCGGUGAGAAGUUUCAAUGGGGUUUUUUCGAUUCUGUUUGAUGUCACUAGUCUUGAUUCCAUUCCUUUGUUGGAUUGAGUCGGUGAAUGGAAUUGGGGCUAAUUGGGGAACACAGUCGUCUCACCCACUGCCACCGGGAACGGUGGUGAAAAUGCUGAAGGAUAAUGGAAUCCAAAAGGUGAAGCUUUUUGAUGCCGAUUAUGGUGCUCUGAAAGCUCUGGGUAAGUCUGGAAUUCAAGUUAUGGUUGGAAUCCCUAAUGACAUGCUUGCAACCAUGGCAAGUAGCAUGAAGGCUGCUGAAAAAUGGGUUUCGAAAAACGUUUCAGAUCAUAUCAAUAAUAAUGUCGACAUCAGGUAUGUUGCGGUCGGGAAUGAACCAUUUUUAGCAACGUAUAACGGAACUUUUCUGCGAACCACCUUCCCGGCUCUCCAAAACAUCCAAGCGGCACUCAUUAAAGCCGGACUCGGAAGCAAAGUCAAGGUUACGGUCCCGCAAAAUGCUGACGUUUACGAGAGUUCAUCCGGGGUACCCUCGGGCGGCGAUUUCCGAGCAGACAUCCACGACUUCAUGAUCCAAAUAACCAAGUUCUUAAACGACAACGGGUCCCCCUUCACCGUCAACAUCUACCCGUUCAUAAGCCUUUACAUCGAAUCGAGUUUCCCGGUUGAGUACGCGUUCUUUGAUGGCAACGCAACUCCGGUGAAUGACGGUGGGACCACGUACACGAACAUGUUUGACGCUAAUUACGAUACGCUUGUGUGGGCGUUACAGAAGAACGGAUUCACGAAUAUGGGAAUCAUAAUCGGUGAGAUCGGAUGGCCGAGUGACGGAGAUCGAAACGCUAAUAAUAAAUACGCGCAAAGGUUCAUGCAAGGGUUCAUGACUCAUAUUUCCGGAAAUAGAGGGACCCCGAUGAGAACGGGCCCCAUCGACGCGUAUAUGUUCAGUUUAAUUGACGAAGAUGACAAAAGUAUCCAACCGGGAAACUUUGAACGACACUGGGGAGUGUUUUACUACGAUGGACAACCGAAAUACUCGUUAAACCUCGGAACAACCAAUUCCGGAGCUCUGAUUCCUGCCACUGGCGUGAAAUAUUUGCAGAAAAAAUGGUGCGUGAUGAAGGACUCGGCUAAGCUUGACGACCCAUCGAUCGCACAGUCGGUGAGCUAUGCAUGCGCACUCGGCGAUUGCACAAGCCUCGGCUAUGGAACCUCGUGUGGUGAUUUGGACGCGAAAGGGAACAUUUCAUAUGCUUUCAAUAGUUACUAUCAGAAGAACGAUCAGGCCGAUGAAGCUUGCAAGUUUCCGAAUGUUUCAACGGUCACGAAAGAAGACCCUUCGACUGGAACAUGCCGGUUCGUGGUCAUGAUUGAGCCGUAUUUUGGUGGUGCAGAUCGGUUGAUGGGGAGGUUCGUUGGAGGGGUGGUUUUGUUUUUGGUCUGGGUUCUGUUGGUUUGAUGUGUUUUUGGGUGGAUUUUUGGUCGAUAGGAUGGAAAUUUUGGGGAGGAAUUUGGUAGAUGUGUAAGAAGGUAGUUUAAUGUAUGAAAAGUAAAAGUAGGGUGCUCUGAAUGAAUGUUUCUGAAACCUUGGGGGUGUAUUUUGAACAUUGGCAUGAAUUAUUGGAUUUGAAAUAUUCAUGUGCUAUUGCUA